GUGAAAUCGCGAUACAGGGUAGGUGUGGAAAGAAAGGUCUGGAUUUAACACCUGUAAUGCACAUCUAGUGGAAUAUGUGGUUCUGGAGGGAUUCAAGCUUGGGCAGCACCUAAACAUUUUGGGUUAUCCUUCAGGUCAUACAGCAGGCUUGCCGGAAAAACUUCUGUCGACAACACUUUCCAUUUCUCCUGAUCUGUCCCGUGGACCCCGCAGCUCUAUCAUGAGUGAUGACAAAGAGGGAAAAGGGGACGACAAACCCCACGGCACCAAAAAAGAACCCAACGUCAAACCGAAGCUUGAAGGCAAAGGUAGCUUCAACCUGGGAACCUCGAAACGGCAUAAGGCCGACAAGCCUAAAAGAAGUCGAAGUAACGACACAGAAAACCACCACCGGGAGGGCGGGCGAGGAAGAGAACAGGACAGAGAACAGGGAGAUAGGCGGCCACGGGGUCGCAGCGAGGAAGGAAGGGGUCAGCGCUACGACCCAGAGCCGAGAAACCCAGAGAACGAGCAACAUCAAUAUGACCUGGAGGACACAGAGUGCAUCGUGUGCUUCUGCAGCUUCGACAACGUCUUCAAAGCACCUAAGUUGCUAUCUUGUGGACACACGUUUUGUUUGGAAUGCCUCGCGCGCAUUAAUGUGAACUCCAUCGAGAUAAAGACUCUGACAUGUCCCAUUUGCAGAGAGACGACGGAGAUCCGUCACGGCCGAGACCUGCCACAGCUGGGGAAUAAUGAGGACAUCUUCCGCAGGCUUCCCCACGACAUGCAGAGGGCGCUGUCCGUACGCUUCCAACGCAGUAAGGGCAAACUCGUCCUCAAAAAAAACUCAACAAACAAUCCCGUUAAGACCACCUUAAAUCUGCCGGUGUUUAAAAAGAGAGAGGAGCAGGUGACCAAUUUCCCCAUUGGAGUCAUGGAGGAAGGUCUCGGCUCAGCGACUAUGGUCAACGUUGGUAGACCUCCUAGCAGGAUGAGAAGUCAGGUGAGAAGGUUUAUGUAUUCCAACCAGUGCUAUUACACAACGGUGGCAGCCAUUAUCGCAGUCACUUUGGCUCUUAUGCUGGUCGGGGUCUUUACCUUCAUGAUCAUGCCUCAUUUGAAGACAUCUAAACCACUUGGACUGAAUCAAACUAGUUCAAACACAAACCCUUAAUUGAUGACAAAAUACGCAUAGACAAACAUAUGAUGGUUGAAGGUGAUAAACAAAGCAAUGUUGGCGGAGUCCAUUCCAUUAUACACAAUGCUGUAUACAGAACAAUGCUUUGUUGUUUUUUGUUGAUGUGUAGGAUCCUUCACAACGUGGUUGUAUAGACGUAACCAGAAAAACAUGAAAAUGUGAUGCGUGUCUUUUGAACACAGACAUUUUUGCAGACUGAGAACAAAAGGUAACAGUGACGUAUGUACUGUCAAUGACGGAUAGUGUACUGUCAAUGACGGAUAGUGUCUUUCUUUCAUUAAAUCCCUUUAAAUAAUGACAAUUAAAAAAAAUUCUGAACGGGCUGGAACUGGUUAGAAUAAAAGAGUUAAUAUACAAUAUAACGUAUCCAAUUGAUCUUAUGAAGACCUUCAAUGCAUUUUUGUGUACUUGAAUGUAGCUAUUUCUAACUAAAUAUUUCCGAACGAUGCAAAUGAUCUUAGGUUUAAAAUGUACAUUUAAACCUAAGUGUAAGUUCACGUUUAUGUAAAUGUUCUUAAAAUGUAUAAUGUAUGUUUCUGCUGCACAUAAUGUAAAAGAAUAUUCUCAUGUAUAAAUGUGUUUAUAAAAUGUCCUGUUCUUUUGCACAAAUUGGGAGAGGCUGCUUGGAAAAGUUAAAAAUAAUGAAACAUGUUUGUUCUCAUUCUCUGUGUUCGUAACCCUUAACCCGAGUUCAACCCAUGACCUUGGAAUAAAUAUAUGUUGUCACGUGUCUUCCUUACAGCCAUGUCACAAUGUCACUGAAAACGUAGUAAUUGGAGCUUGAACUUACAUUGUUUACACCACGGCAUGUGAAAGACUGUUUUGAGUUUUGUGUAAAAUAAAGGAAAAACUGACCCCUCAUGCUCAGACAUAUUCAAUGUACGCAGAGGGAUGACACAGCAUUGCAAUGCUAUUACAUGGCUCUCUGAUUUCGUGUAAUUGCAAGGUCUGUUUCUUCUCCCAUAUUAAUAUGAUUUAAUACUAAUCUCAUUUACAUUCACUCUUUCAUCCAAAGUGAUUUACAGUGCAUUCAAUAUAUACAUGUUUGAAUGUGCUUUUAAACGCGAAUUUGCUGAACAUUGCAAAUGACCUCUGAUUUAAGCUGUACAUUUAAACUCACAAGUAAAUGUAAAUGUUCCCUCACUCUGAGAUGUCCCAUACUUAAUAAAAUGUAUUAUGUAUA